AUGACACCCCCAAUCGAGGGCGUCGCAGAGCUAAAUAUCUCGUCACCGCCGACAGGAGAAGAAGGCGAUGUUCCCUCGCACAGGUCUCAUGAUCCUGCGACGAACGCAAAGCGAACUGAUCCAUUCCAGUUUGGUAGUCGCUAUCUGGAGGCGGGAGACAAUGUAUUCGAGUACAAUGCCUGGGACCACGUCGAGACUGACGAUGUAUACAAGGAGUACGCUGAACGUCAGUUUGAGAUGCAGCGUCAGUCUCCCGUCUCUGACUUUGACAAGAACAGAUUCAACUCAAACCCUGCCAAGUGGUGGAAUAUGUUCUACAAGAACAAUACUGCAAACUUCUUUAAGAACCGCAAGUGGUUACAACAAGAGUUCCCCGUCCUAGCAGAAAUCACAAAAGAAGAUGCUUCACCAACUGUAAUCCUAGAGAUUGGAGCUGGGGCUGGUAACACUGCUUUCCCCAUUUUGGCCAACAACCACAAUCCACACCUAAAAAUCCACGCCUGUGACUUCUCGAAAGAGGCUGUAGAAGUUAUGCGCAAACAGGAAGAGUAUGACACUAAACACAUCCAGGCCGAUGUGUGGGAUGCCGCGGGUGAUGAGCUUCCCCCUGGUCUGGAAGAAGGCUCCGUAGACGUUGCUAUCAUGAUCUUCAUCUUCUCGGCCUUGUCACCCACCGAAUGGACCAAGGCCGUGGCGAAUGUGCACAGACUAUUGAAACCUGGCGGGCUGGUCUGCUUCCGAGACUAUGGAAGAGGUGAUCUUGCUCAGGUCCGCUUCCGCAAGGGACGCUACCUUGAGGAAAACUUCUACAUUAGAGGCGACGGCACCCGCGUCUACUUUUUUGACAAGGAUGAGCUUGCCGACAUUUGGACGGGGAAGGACAGCACAGCCGAUGAUGCACCCAAGUUCGAGGUUGAAAACCUGGGCAUUGACAACCGCUUGCUUGUGAACCGGGCGCAGAAAUCGAAGAUGUACCGGUGCUGGUUACAGGGCCGUUUUAGGAAGAAGUAG